CAAAUAUGCUGGCAAAACAUUUUUUAAUGUAAUCAAUGACAAUGCAAAUUGGAAAAUCAUUGUAUGUUUAAAAAAAUUAUUUUAUGUUUUAAGAUUUUUGAAAUGAGUAUGGUCAAGAAAACAACGAGUACAAAUCAUAAGGAAAAUCAGAAAAAAGAAGAACUAGAUUUUGUUUUUGAAAAGUUAAUGGUUAGCCCAAUACAAAAUUCUAAACGUAUUCAAAAUGAAAUAAGAUUACAUGGAGAAAUCUGUAAAAGUAUAAAAAAAAGAAAAAAGAAAAAUAAAGAAAAACAUCUAUUGCAUCGCCCAAAACUUGUUCUCCGACAAAUAGGAGAUGAAUCUGAAAACUCGGAUGAGUUCUUAAACAAUAACCUGAACAACAAUGAAAUAUUUAUUUUUUCAAAAAAAGUAACAGACAGUAUGAAAAGAGAAAAUAAUAACAAUUGGAAUUGCAGCACUCAGUUUCUGAAUAAAAGGUUACCACUAAGGGAAACGCCCGAAGAUUCAAAUCCUGAAGAAUUGGCAUCUUACUUUGAACAACUUUUGUAUAUACCUAAACCAAUGUCUUAUAUGGCUGAAAUGAUGUAUGCUUAACAAUAGCAAAUGUUGAUUUCUUUUUGAAAUACGUUUUUGAUGAGUCUUCGAUAAAUAAUUAAAAUGUUAUUAUUGAUUCAUAUUUAUUGCUUAUCGUGUUAUAAAAUAUUUGUAUUAUAAUGUUUAUUAAAAAAUUUAUUUGAUUUAUAAAUAUGUUGAAAA